AUGAAGACUGUAUUCGUGUUAAUAUCUCUUCUUCAUCUUGCAACUUCAGUAAAACACUCCCUGGAAUUUCUCUUCACGGCAUCUCGUGGACUCCCAAACAUUCCUGAGUUUAUGGCAACAGCACAGGUUGAUGGAUUUGGAGCAGGAUACUGUGACAGCAACACGAAGACUGCAAAGUCACAUGACUGGACCAGAGAACUCAUGAGAGAAGACCCAGACCAUCUGAAGUGGUAUUCAGAGCAGUGUUUGGGGUAUCAGCACCUCUUCAAAGCUCAUAUUGUCAGCAUCAUGCAAAGCUUGAACCAAAGUGGAGGUGUGCACGUUUUACAGAUGAUGAGUGGCUGUGUGUGGAAUGAAGAGACUGGAGGGACUUUUGGUUUUCUGAAGUAUGGUUAUGAUGGAGAGGACUUCAUGGCACUGGACCUGCAGGCAUCGACAUGGAUCACUCUAAAACCUGAGGCGGUAACUACCAAACUCAACUGGGAUACUGACAAAGGUAGACUACAAUUUGAGACAACCUUCUGCAUCCAUGACUGCCCCAACCGACUGAAGAAGUAUGCGUUAUACGGGAGAGAGUCUGUGCUGAAAACAAAGGUUCCUUCAGUGGAGCUCAUCCAGAAGUCUCCCUCCUCUCCAGUCACAUGCUUUGCUACAGGUUUCUACCCUGACAGAGCUGUGAUGUUCUGGAGCAAAGAAAAAGAGCAGAUUUAUGAGGGUGUGCAUCAUGGAGAGAUCCUCCCAAACAAUGAUCACACCUUUCAGAAGAGUGUUGAUCUGAACAUUUCAACAGUGAAACCUGAAGACCGGGGGAAGUAUUACUGGUGUAUGUUCCAAUGUGGCAUUACCAACAAAGAAAUCAUUACUAAGACCAGUGUUAGACUUAGUUUUGGGUGGCAUGGUUUAAAGGACAAAUUCUCAUAG